AUUAACACACAAUCCAAGAUUUGGCCCAUCAAAGCCCACACUGAUUGGUGAAAAUUUCUCAGCCGAUUGUUUCCCCUGGAAUGUCUGAUUCUACAGAGUGUAUCCAUUAGCUCUCUCUGUCAUUUUGUGUUGGAGAUGUACUGUACUGAAGGGUAACAAAAGAAAGGGAAGGACAAACCUUUGAUAGUCGUCAGUCAUAUGAAAUGCUUAUCCCACAGAGAAUUUCGUCUCCUCCUCCGGGAAUGCGCACGCCGAUCGUCUCUCUCAACCGGCAAGGAACUCCACGCCGUUUUGACCACCACGGGUUUCUCGAGAGCCCCGAAAUCGUACCUAAGCAAUGUCCUCUUCCAGUUUUACGCAGCGUGCGGAGACUUGGCUUCUGCGCACAAGCUGUUCGACGAAAUUCCUCUGCCGGAGAAAGACGCAGUGGAUUGGACUACUCUGUUAUCCUCUUUUGCGCGGCACCGCUUCCCGGUGAAGGCGAUGAAGCUGUUCGUCGAAAUGAGAAGAAAAGGCGUGGGAAUCGAUGAGGUUGCGGCCGUUUGUUUGUUCGGCACGUGUGCCAAGUUGGAGGAUCUGGGAUUCGGUGUUCAGGGACAUGGGUUUGCCGUAAAGACGGGACUUUUAUGCCAUCUAAAGGUCUGUAAUGCUGUGAUGGACAUGUAUGGGAAAUGUGGGUCAGUGGGUGAUGUCAAACGCAUCUUCGAUGGGAUCGAGGAGAAGGGCGUUGUUACAUGGACGGUGGCUUUGGAGACGGUGGUGAAAUGGGAAGGGUUAGAUAGAGGAAGGGAACUGUUCGACGAGAUGCCUGAGAGAAACGAAGUGGCCUGGACGAUUAUGGUCGCUGGGUAUGUAGGAGCUGGAUUUACGGGUAAAGCCUUGGAGCUGCUGACGGAAAUGGUGUUGAAUCAUGGGCACGAUUUGAAUUUCGUCACCCUUUGCUCGAUUCUAUCAGCCUGUGCACAAUCGGGCAAUCAGGUUAUUGGAAGGUGGGUUCAUGUGUAUAUGCUGAAGAAUGUGAUGGCGAUGGAGGAGGAGGACGAGACCGCAGGUGCUGUUAUGGUGGGAACAGCAUUGGUUGAUAUGUAUGCCAAAUGCGGAAGCAUCGAUACUGCAAUGAAAGUGUUCAAGGGUAUGCGCCAGAAGAAUGUGGUCACAUGGAAUGCCAUGCUUACCGGUUUAGCCAUGCAUGGUAGGGGUAAAAUGGUAAUAAAAAUGUUCCCGGAGAUGGUGAGAGAGGUCAAGCCCGACGAUUUAUCCUUUACCGCCGUCCUAAGCGCUUGCAGCCACUCGGGCAUCGUAGAAGAAGGAUGGAGAUAUUUCAACAGUCUCCGGUUGUAUGGUGUGGAACCUAAGGUAGACCAUUAUGCUUGUAUGGUUGAUCUUCUUGGCCGAGCUGGUCAUGUUGAAGAAGCCGAGAUUUUGAUUAGGAAAAUGCCGGUGCCUCCAAACGAGGUUGUUCUCGGCUCUCUCCUGGGCUCGUGCUGCUUCCAUGGGAAUCUAGAGUUAGCUGAACGAAUUAACAGAGAGCUUGUCCAGAUGAACCCGGGCAACACAGAAUACCAUAUUCUUCUGUCGAAUACAUAUGCUGCAGAAGGAAGGAGGGAAGCUGCAAAUGCUUUGAGAAGGAAUAUGAGAAAUCGGGGUAUCAGAAAAGUACCUGGUAUAAGUUCCAUUCAUGUACGUGGCUCAGUCCAUAGGUUUAGUUCAGGGGAUAAAUCACACCCGAGAACGAAAGAGAUCUACCUGAAGUUGGACGAGGUGAUUGAACGGCUGCGAUCAGCCGGUUAUGUCCCUGAUGCUUCUGCUCUGGUGUUUCUCAGUGAGGGUGAAGUGGAAGAGAAGGAACAAGCUUUGUUCUGCCACAGUGAGAAGCUGGCAGUCUGUUUCGGGCUCCUGGAGACAAAAUCGGGCACACCUCUUCAUGUGUUCAAGAAUCUGAGGAUAUGUCGGGAUUGUCAUUCUGCAAUGAAGCUUGUUUCGAAAAUAUACAACCGAGAAAUCAUCAUGAGAGAUAGAAAUAGAUUCCAUCACUUCAAAGGAGGCUGGUGUUCUUGUUCCGAUUACUGGUGAACAAAGAACUGCACAUCAAUCA